CAGAAGAAGAAGAAGAAGCAGGAGGAGGAAGAGGAAGAGGAAGAGGAGCCUGUGAAGGAUCUGUGUUCUCACUGGUUCCUGUUUCCUAACAAACGUCUUGAAUCAUAUGUUUCAGGUUUGAACUCAGAGCAGAGGUGUUGUCCACCAUGAUGCAGAGUCUGAAGGGCGUCAGGCACCUGAACUCCAGCACUGUCAAACAAGCAGUGUCGGAGCUCUCUAUUCCAGUCCCAUGGGGAGAGAUCAGAGGCAAAAUCUGGGGUCCUGAUCACGGGCGUCCUGUGCUGUGCCUGCACGGCUGGGCUGACAACUGUGGUACAUUCAACUCCCUCAUCCCCCUGCUGCCCAAAGAGUACAGAUAUGUGGCGUUGGACCUGCCAGGUCACGGUCUGUCCUCACAUCGUCCUCCUGAAGCUUUCUACUCCUUUCCCUUGUAUCUGAUGGACGUACGCAGAGUCGCUGACGCUCUGCAGUGGAACAGAUUCUCCAUCAUAGGCCACAGUAUGGGUGGUAACAUUGCUGGAUUGUUCAGCGCUCUGUAUCCUGAGAAGGUGGAUGCUAUCGUACUGCUGGACUCUUAUGGAUUUCUACCUACAGAUUCGAAAGAAAUUCCAGAAGUGAUCAGACAGGGCCUGGAUGAGAUGCUUCAGUUUGAAGAAAAGGCAGAAGAAAAGGGGAGAAGAGUUUAUACUUAUGAGAAGGCAGCUGAGAGGCUCUUGGCUGCAAACCCGACUCUGUCUGAACAGUCUGUGCGCAUCCUUUUAGAGCGAGGUCUCGAUCAAGUAGACGGAGGAGUUGCGUUCACUCGAGACUUUCGUCUCAAUCUGAAAAACAUCGUGCGCACCACUUUGGAGCAGUGUCUGGAGUUCCAGAAGAGGAUUACAGCCUCCACCCUCGUUAUUCUAGCAGAGGACGGCUUUGAGAAGGUAUUUGCUGAACGAGAUGGAAAGAAAGCUUCGUCAGCUCUUGUGCAGGCCUAUAGGGACAGAAAUCAAACUGUAGUGAGAGUACCUGGUGAUCAUCACAUCCACUUGAAUGAUGCUGAGGUCGUCGCUCCCCUGGUGUCGGACUUCCUGCAGACCAAUUGAAAGGAGGAGCACAGGAGCGUAAAUGCCUUACAGCCGUUUGCCUCUGCCGACCAGUCGAGUUACAGUUUACAUCCGUGACUGUCCACACUAACAUAAUAAAUGCAUUGAAGACAUUUAUUUAAUUAAAGGUGCUGAUUGUAUUUUGUGCAUACCAGAGUGCGGACCUCCACCAAGACCCAACAGUCCCUUUAUGAAACCACAUUGAAUUUAUUUGAUCCAGAUUUGGAUUUAUUUGGAACUGCACCAAAUAGCACACACUCAUAAAUCAGCCUCCUUAACGAGCUUCAUGAUUCAUGUUUGAUCCAUUGUUCAUGUUGAAAAACAUUCUCACAAACAUUCCUGGAUCCACACCCUGAUCCAGUCCACACAAAAAUUGCUUGUGUUCUUUCUUGGAUCAUAGAAAUUUCAUGUAAAUCCGUUGAGUAGUUUUUGCGUAAACCUCGUAACAAACAAACAAACACCGAUGAAAACAUAACCUCCUUGACCGAGAUGAUAAACUCAAAUUUUGGACAAGUGGUAACUCUGACCUCUUGGUGGUGAUAAAAACUGAUGUGGGUCUUGGGUUCAUCCUCUGAGGACCAGGAAUGUUUUGGCUAAAGAAAGAUGGUGUUUAUUUACACACAGUUUAUACACUGAUGCAGUAAUCAGACAGAAAUAUUGUUGUAAGAAAUGUCAGAGCUUCACACAGAAGAAAUGAGUGGAAUGAAGAGCAGCUGCUGAAGUCUGUGUUCAGCUCGAUCUGCAGCAGAAUGUUUGAAAUGCUCUGUGAUGUGUUUGAAGUCUGCUACCGGAAUGAAAUAUUUCAGCAGAUGUA